AUGUCGCGACACCGCGCAGUUCGCAACCUCGACCUCGACGAGGAGAUGGCCGAGGAUGACAUCUACGCCGACGAAGACCCAUAUGAGAACAUUACCCCUGAUGAGCGCUUCGAGCUCGAAGCGGCACUGGCGCAAGCGCAGGAGAUCCUCGGCUCGGAAGAAAAAAGUGGCUUAACUGAACGCGAGGUCAAGGAUGCGCUGUGGGAUGCGUAUUUUGAUGUCGAUCAAGCUGUCCGGCACUUGAUGGAGGAAAAGUCGAAGAGAGAAGCAAGAGACAAGAAGAAAGCAGGUGAGUGCACUUCUUUCAGCGGAGAGGUUUAUCCAUCUGUGGCGACGUCAACCCUGUCUGCACUUCAGAGACUUUCUCUCUCGCGCAAAGCAGCGGCAUCGAAAGUCACUGGUGCAGAACAACCAGCUUCCAUUGCUACAGGUGCUGGCGCCAAGCGGGCCCAACGCAUCGCGGGGCUGUCGGGUGGUGGUCGAGCCAAGAUGGCGAAGCAAGCCCUGGCAAGUCUCGCGCCUGAUCACCUCCAGGCUCGAUCGCAGCAAUCAACUGGAGCGCCUGAGCUAAAGCCCAGCAAGCUGCAAGCCCUAGCCGCUGCUCGACAAGCAAAAUCUGCAACGGCUUCUGGCGCAGGCUCAUCGGUAGCCUCGUCGACUGACGCUCAGGCGAAGCCGCAGAUGUCAAAGCUUCAGCAGCGGGUGGCUGCAGCGAAAGCGGCAAAAGAAAAGGCGUUGAUCACGGCCAACGGCGAAGCAUCAGAACCGCACAGAAAUGCAAUAGCAGAGGGCAAACCGGAUGCGGAUACGAGCGCAGCUCAUGAAGAGACGGGACCGGAGUUCUCCCUUUCGGGAAUACAAGUGGACACCCUGUUCCCCAAAGCUAGCCUUGCUGUGAAUGCAGGCGUGCAGUUGAUGGGCUCAUCGGUGUUCGGUUCGAGCCUUUGCAAGCAAACAGCAUUUAAAAGCGGCGCCAGCGCCAGCUCCCACGGUGGCAACGCACUUGCAGUACCGGGGGGUUCCCCUUUUGACGCUCUGCACGAUGGACACGAGCUGCUCAAAGUGUUUGCUGGCCCAAGCCCUGAUGAUACGGUCCUGAAAGCGAGGGAAGGGACACGGCUGGCAGAGAGCGGAAUGGCGAAGGCUCGAUAUGCGGCGAAGCCAACUCAGCCGAGUGUCUCACAGCUGCGGAAACAGGUCGAAGGGCUGGCGGUCGGCGGUAACCGCAGCAAUGCCAGCUCCACGACGGCAAGCCCACAACUAACAGGGCCUGGCAGUAGCGGUGCACCGUCGGCAGUGGCCAGUGCAAAGGGCAGCGUCGCCUCUACGCCGAAAGCUGGCAUCACACACGAGCGUGUCGUGGAAGAAUUUCGCAGGAAGGAGCAAGAAGGCAAACCAGCGCUGAGCUUAGUGGUGGUGGGUCACGUGGAUGCUGGCAAGUCGACAAUGAUGGGUCGGCUACUUUUCGAGCUGGGGACAUUGAGCGAGAGGGAACAUGUCCAGAAUGAACGUUCAAGUCAAAAGCUCGGCAAGGGCAGCUUUGCGUAUGCCUGGGCGCUGGACUCUUCUGAGGAGGAAAGGGCUCGAGGUGUCACGAUCGACGUCGCCCAGGACAACUUUGACACUUCGCAUCGACACUUUACAUUGCUUGACGCACCCGGUCAUCGCGACUUCAUUCCGAACAUGAUUAGUGGCGCCGCACAGGCAGAUGCAGCGCUUCUCGUCAUCGACGCCGCCAAGGGUGCAUUUGAGGCUGGCUUUGGGCCGCAUGGUCAGACACGCGAGCAUGCACUGCUCGUCCGCAGCCUCGGUGUCCAACAGUUGGUUGUUGUGGUCAACAAAAUGGACGCGCUUGACUAUGAGCAGCAGCGGUUUGACAACAUUGUCACCACUCUCAAACCCUUCCUCGCGCAAACAGGCUUUGAUGUGUCCAAGGUCUCGUUCGUUCCUUGCGGCGCGGCGGUCGGCGAGAAUCUUUCUACGCGAGACCCCGAAGGCGGAUUACAACGUUGGUAUACGGGCCCCAAGCUGGUAGAAGUACUGGACAAGCUCGAUCCGCCGUCACGACAGCUGGACAGCCCAUUGCGCAUGCCAGUGACGAACGUUUUCAAGGGACAGACAGCUAUCGCUUCAGGGGUCGGCGCCGCUGGUCGCGUCAUCAGCGGUAUUGUGCAGAUCGGCGACAGGCUUCGAGUCGUACCUGGUGAUGAGACCGCAAUCGUCAGACACAUCGAGCAAGAUGGCGAACCGGUUCCAUGGGCAGUUGCGGGAGCCAAUGUGACAGCAUAUCUUAGUGGAAUUGAUCAGAUUCACGUGAAUGUCGGCUCCGUUCUCUGUCCACCGUCGUCACCGGUCCCGCUGUGCACGAGCGUACUCGCGCAAGUGCUCGUUUUCCAGCCGACAUAUCCACUCGUUGCAGGCACCAAUAUUGAAGUCUUCCAUCAUUCAGCCAACAUCGCAGCUACACUGAGCGAGUUGAUUGUGACGAUCGACAAAGGAUCGGGCGCAGUCCUGAAGCGCUCGCCUCGUGUCCUCGCUCACGGUACGUCAGCGCAAGUACGGAUAGCUCUGCGCGCAGGUGGCAGCGCUGGGCAAAGUGCGGGCGUACCAAUGGAGGAAUUCAAACAGAACAAGGAGAUGGCUCGUAUUCUGCUCCGGCGGAAUGGAGAGACAGUUGCUGCGGGGAUUGUACUCGAGUGUUUGUGA